GCCUGCGACUGAAGUAAUCAAAGGCACUUGUAUGGAGAGGACUAUUGGCCUCUGAAGAGACUGGGCCAGCUCAGGCCAGCCUGCUGCUUUUCUUCUCCUUUUCCCUCCUCACUCUCUCCCUGCCUGCUGUCUGUUUUAGGAGAGGGAAAUUCCUUCAAGCUACUUUGCCGGAGUUACUGUUGGGAUUUAAACAUGCACUCAGGAGCUUUGGUGCAGUCCAUGCUUGUGCCGUUACUUGUGAUCCUGCUCUGUACUGUGGAGGACACUCUGUUACAAUCGGUGAGCCAGGUGGGAGGAGGCGUGUGCAGGCUGUCCUCAGAAGCAUCCAGCCGCCGCUGCCGCACGCCCGACGGUAAAGUGUGCAGCGGGAGAGGGUCAUGUGACUGUGGCAUCUGCAUCUGCCAAGCCACGGAUCCAGGAAAGUUUUAUGGGCCUCUCUGCGAAUGCCACGACUGGGUCUGUGCCAUACAUAAUGGGAAAACCUGUAAUGACCGAGGCUACUGCGACUGUGGGACGUGUGAGUGUGACGACGGAUGGUUCGGUGAGGCCUGCCAGUUCCAGGAAGACUGUACCCUCUCAGGCAAGAAAAGCAAAGAGCUCUGCAAAAACCCGCAAGGAGUCGUCUGCUCCAACAGAGGCACUUGUAACUGUGGCAGCUGCCUGUGUCACGGCGAGGACGGCAGGGGCCUGAUAACGGGGCAGUUUUGUGAGUGCGAUGACAGCGAGUGUUUGGAUGAGGACAGCGGAGAGGUGUGUGGAGGCCAUGGCCAGUGUUACUGUGGAAACUGCUUCUGUGCUGCUGGUUGGCAUGGAGACAAAUGUGAAUUCCAGUGCGACAUGAGCCCAUGGGAAAGCAAACGGAGAUGUACAUCUCCAGAUGGCAAAAUCUGCAGCAACAGAGGCACGUGUGUGUGUGGGGAGUGUAACUGUCAUGAUGUGGACCCUUCUGGAGACUGGGGGGACAUCCACGGAGACACGUGUGAAUGUGACGAAAGAAACUGCUUCUCCACAUACGAUCGCUACACAGACGACUUCUGCUCUGGUCACGGUCAGUGUAACUGUGGCAGAUGUGACUGUAAAGAGGGAUGGGCUGGGCCCAAGUGUGAGCACCCUCUGUCCUGCUCCCUGUCUGUGGAGAGCAGCCUGAAGAAGUGUCGUGGAACGUCCAAUCUGCCCUGCUUCGGACGAGGCCAGUGCCUGUGCGGUCAGUGUACGUGCCACCCUCCGGGGGACAACCGAGUUCACGGGAAAAACUGCGAGUGCGACGAUCGUCAGUGCGAGGACCUGAGCGGAGAGGUAUGCGGAGGUCAUGGGUACUGCUCGUGCGGACGCUGUAUCUGUCAGGACGGCUGGUUUGGGAAGCAGUGUCAGUUCGCGAGGGCGUGUGACCUGAGCGACGCCCAGAGUAAGGAGUUGUGUGAGACCUCUGAUGGGGUCGUGUGCAGUGGGAAAGGUUCCUGUCACUGUGGCCAAUGCAUUUGCUCUCCUCACGAGUGGUGGGUGUCUGGGGAGUACUGCGAGUGCGACGACAGGGACUGUGACAAACAUGACGGGCUUAUCUGCACAGGGAAUGGACUGUGCAACUGCGGCAGCUGCGAGUGCUGGGACGGCUGGACAGGGAACGCGUGUGAGAUCUGGGUGGGGCUGGAGUACUGACCACCGGGAGCAGCGCCCUGUGGAGGAAAGACUGCAGACCAAAGAUGCAUAGACACAGGAAAUUUUUAGGACUUAGCGCUCACUUACUGAUUACAAACUAGACACAACACAGAAUAUGUUUUAUUGAUUAACAUCGCACACAGACUGGAACAAGGAGACGUCACAUUUGAUGCCAGUUGCAGGUGAUUGGUUCAAGUAUUUUCCUUUUGGUGGCUAUAUUUAAGUCCAUUAUAUUGUAUUAAAGUCUUCAGAUGUCCUCUGCUCGACUAAUAAUUCAUAAAAUUCAUGUCUGACCAAUCAAAAUCCAUAAUUCAGAAAGCUAUUCAGUUAUAUGAUUAUUUCUAUUUCCUUGUUUGGUGUAAAGAGUAUAUAAGACUAUGAACCAGUCCCGUUUUGAAAGGGGCAGAUGUCAGUGCAAUACCAAUGUUGUGUUUAAACAUGGAUCAUACAUUUAACAUUUAACAGCUUCAUGUAUAAAAUUAGUUAUAAUAAAAGAACUCUAGCCGCUGGGCCAAAUCAACUAAACAUGUAUUUUUAAAUUCCCUCGGCCUCCUGCUUGUUCAUUUGAGCUUGUUUUUAGCCGUUUUCCCAGUCGG